CCGGCCUGGACAUUAUGCUGCUCUGACUGACGACUACACGGUGAUGCUUGGACUCUCUCUCUAACACUCAGGAGGGGAAAACUUUUUUCUUCUUUUUUUCUUCCUCCUAAACUUCCAAGACCUGUUGAAGCUGUGAGAUCAGCCCUGUGUGAGGGAAAGGUGGAGGAGGCAGCAGGAUGAAGUCCAAAGGGAAGGCUAUGAAACCAUCCAGGAGAACCUGGCCUGACCCUGACCCGGAGCCAGAACUGGAACCAGACACAGAACCAGAACCCGGCUCCAGUGAACAGGAAGGCUCCGAGGCCUCCGUCCGGAUUGGAGGCUCUUGGAGGGGGUCGCUGAGGAGUGGGGACCGGGAGCGUCGGGGAGCUGGGGCUGGAGGUGCCACAGGAAGAGCAACUUUAACUCCUCACCGGCGAAGACGCCAACACGGCACUGGCACCAAGGAACGCAACGUCCGCCGGCUGGAGAGCAAUGAGCGGGAACGCCAGCGCAUGCACAAACUCAACAACGCCUUCCAAGCACUGCGCGAGGCCAUCCCGCACGUCAAGAUGGACAAGAAGCUGUCCAAGAUCGAGACUUUGACCCUGGCCAAGAAUUACAUCAAAGCCUUGACCACGAUCAUCCUGGGCAUGUCUGGAGCCUGCCUGCCCGCCGGCGAGGCCGCGUCAGAAGCCAGCGCUGCCAAACUUCUCCAGUGCUACCAGCAACACCUGGAGGAGGAGGGCGAGGACGGUCUGACCCAGUACCUCACCCACAUGCACAGCUUCAGCCAGCACAGCUAACACACAGCUGAUUGCGGUACUAACAAAGCAGCUUGGAGACCAGAGAGGAGAACUCUGGAAGCUGCUGCGAGGCUGGUCUCCAAGACAGAUGGAGGUAUGAUGGAGGAUGAGGAUGGACGUCUGGGGCCAAAUCUCAAAUGAUGUCCAGUUCCUGUGAGGCACACCGCUUUGAUCAGAGCCACGGCGCCGUGUCCAAGGCUCUGGACAAAAACCGUGCUCUUUGUCGGAACAGGGCGCCAUUUCAGAUGAUUCUCCUCUGUCUUUAAUCCCUUACUGUAUUGGCAUGAAAACACCCACCAGUACUUCAACACUGUCUUCAUCAAUGGUGGUCUGAUCUCCUAGAACAUCUCCAAAGCGAGGAAUGAUAUGGGGACAGUGGAGACCGUUCACCUUGACACAACAUGUGUAAUAACUUUCAGCUGGUAAGCAUU